CUGAGUGGUACUCACAUGGUGUUAUCAGAAAGCAUGACAUGGAGAGAUUCAUCGUCAUGGACGCUCAUACGCAUAACAAGGUUCCAAGCUCCAAAUUUGCAAGCCUUCCAGACAAUGCAAAAAUUGGCAAGCUUUUCAUGGUGUUCUACCCGGCGCUGUAUCGACACGGGAGGGAGGGACGGCGUAAUAUCAGGAUCACAAAGGCUGUCAUCCUCAUUCGUGUUAAGGAUCGGUCACAUCAGAUCAAAAAUGAAAUAAACAAUACUGGCUGCUUUAGUCAAGUGCUGGCAACGGCGCCUUGAAGCAUGGACCUCGUCAGGAAAAGCCCUAAGCCAGGAGGCAGUGGAGAGCCAACAGUAUUGGAGUCCAUUGCCCCUCAACAUGCUCUUUUCACAACAAUUACUAAAAUCAGAAGGCCGUUAGUCCAAG